UCCGCCGGUUCGCCCCCCAAAUCUCAUUCCGCUCCGCCGAUGGGCAAAAAGAAGCGAACCCCCGCACCAAACCCUACUCCGCCUCCGCCCGACGCCCCCCGCCGGCCGCCGGCGGCGGGGGUCGGGGGCGGGGGCGGGGCCGACGCCGCCGUUCGUGCCGAGGUCGACAAGGCGCUCGCGUGCCUCCAGCGCGGGAGCCACGCGCGGGCGCUGCGCCUCAUGAAGGACGCCGUGGCCCGCCACGGGGAGGGCGCCUCGCCGCUCCUCCUCCGCGCCCACGGCACCGUCCACGCCCGCGCCGCCUCCGUCCUCGACGACCCCGCCGCCCGCGCGCGCCACCAGCGGGCCGCGCUCCAGGCGGCCCAGCGCGCCGUCGAGCUCGCGCCGGACUCCGUCGAGCUCGCCCACUUCCACGCCAUGCUGCUCUUCGACGCCGCCACCGACGCCCGCGGCUACGAGGAGGUCGUCUCCGAGUGCGAGCGCGGGCUCAGCAUCGAGGCCCCCUCCGACCCCGCGCCCCACUCCCUCAGGCUGCCCGGCCCCGACGUCGACCAGGUCCAAUCCGAGCUCCGCAACCUGAUCCAGAAGGCCAACCUCGCCUCCAUCUCCACCUGGGUCAAAACCCUGGGCGGCGCGGGGGACGACAAGCUCCGCCUCAUCCCAGUGCGCCGUCUUGCUGAGGAACCCAUGGAGGGCCGGCUUGUCCCCACCUUGCCCUCCCCGCGCCGCCCAAACGAGAUCAAGAAGGCCACCAAGACCCCCGAGGAGCGCCGCCAGGAGAUCGAGGUACGCCUGGCUGCAAUGAGGCUGCUGCAGCAGCAGAAAGAGCAGAGCAACGGCGCUGUGGCUGCCACCCCCACUUCUUCCCAGUCACAGGGAGAUGAUGCCCCCUCCUCAUCGUCUCAGUCAUCGGUGGGUGGGCAUCGUGCUGACCGGAGAAGAGGCGGCUCUAGGAAAGUCACGGUUUCAUCCACGUCUGAUCGCAUGGACCAGGUGCGUGCCUACUGGGCCGCGAUACCAGUGGAGCAAAGGCUUGCAUUCUUAAACACUAGCAUUUCUGAGCUCAAGUCAUACUAUGCUGCCAUGAUGCAUAAGGAGAAAGAUGCUGCCAGUGUGGCAUCUGAUGUGCUUAAUGAGGUGCUAGGGUUUGCCGCCAAGAGUGGCAAGUGGGAGUUCUGGGUAUGUGGCAGGUGCCGGGAGCAGUUUGCGGAUGCAGAGUCACACCGGUUGCAUGUGCUCCGGGAGCAUGUUGGCAUACUCUCACCUGAGCUACAAGAUAUGGUGCCGCAUGAGAUUGAUGCUGGCUGGGCACGAAUGCUCAUUGGUUGGAACUGGAGGCCAUUGGACGCUACCGCAGCACUGAAAUUGUUCGAGGAAGAGCAAGCCGACAAUCUUGGCCUGGAUAGGGACAAGGAUUCGAUGUCAUCGGACAGUUGGAGUAACAAAGACAAAUCGGACACGUCAGAAUCAUCAGUCUCACCACACAACGAGGAGUCUGAUGGUUUUGCGGUGGUGAUGAGGGAAGGUUACCGUAAGUGGCCACUCUCGGAUGAUGUUGAAAGGGCAAAUAUUUUAGAGAGGAUCCAUUCAUUGUUCCAAAUCCUUGUGAAGAACAAGAAUCUUUCAGUGAGCAAUCUGAACAAGGUGAUACAAUUUGCUAUGGAGGAGCUCAGGGGGAUGCUGUCUGAGUCACUGCUGCUCAAUCACUCGUUGGAUGAGUCACCACAUUGCAUUUGCUUUCUAGAGGCAUCAUCACUGAGGAAGGUAGUAAAAUUCUUGCAGGACUUAAUGCAGUCCUCUGGACUCAAUAGGCACUUAGAGAAGGAUGAAGGACUAGGUGAUGGGGAUACUUUUCCAAAAAAUCAUGAUGGACUGGAGAAGGUUACACUUAAUUCUGAUUCAUCAGAACUGAUCAUUGAUGGAGAGAGUUUUGGUAGAAAGUUUGUCUCCGAGAAUGUUGAUACUGAUGCACUGCUUUCAUGGUUGUACGCUGGAUCUUCAAUUGGAGAGCAGCUAUUGGGUUGGAAUCGUAUGCUCGAGGAAAGAUCAAAUCAGGGAGUGGACCUUCUUCGGGCACUUGAGAGGGAGUUCAACAGCUUGCAGAACUUAUGUGAACGGAAGCUUGAACAGCUGAGAAAUGAGGAGGCCUUGAUUUCUGUAGAGAGCAUCUUUGCUCAAGAGCAAGCCGAUAGGGAUGAGAUGGGGCACUACCAAGGGUACGAGGAGCUCCUCAGGAAGCGGCAGGAGGAGUUGUUGGACUUCAAUGCUGAGGUGAUGACCAACAGGAGCAGAUCUGAGUUGGAUGUAGUCUCAUCUAUUUUGAAGGAAGUUCACACAUCACACUUCGGUUAUGAUGAGGCUUUUUCUAGCAUGGCCCCACGCCUUUGUGAUUAUGAUGGGACAGAAGAAGAAGGUUGGAGGCUGCCUGAUUUGCAAUCAAAUGAUUCAGUGGUACAUGUGGUUGUUUCAAAGAUGAAGGAACAAAUUACAAUGGAGCUUAGCAAGAUAGAUGCUAAGAUUAUGCGAAAUGUAGCUGUGAUGCAUCAACUGGAGCAUAAGCUUGGACCUGCUUCUUCUCUUGAUUAUCGAACGGUUCUUAUACCCCUCAUGAAAUCGUUCUUGCAAACCCAUCUGGAAGAGCUGGUGGACAAGGAUGCCAGAGAGAGAUCUGAUGCUGCAAGGGAAGCCUUCCUGGCAGAACUUGCCUUGGAUGCUAAGAAGAAUGCUAGCAACCAUGAGAAGUCAAAAGAGAAGAAGAAGUUGAAGGAUUCUCGGAGAUCCAAGGACCCCAAGGUGUGCCUGGUGCUGUUUAUGAUGAUGAUAGGGCAUGUGGUCCACAAUUUGGUACGGCAGCUCCUAGAUGGAGCAGUAGAAGUAAAAUAGCUCCCUAUGCAAAUCACAACUAUCAUGAUGGAAAACAGAAUCAGCUGCAUGUGUUGCCUUCAGAUGAUCGACUGUUUGUUAAUAAAGGGCACGCUGCAGGAACAGAGAAGUCAAAUUUUGAGAAAGUUGGCAGUGAUGGAAUACCAUCAGAAGAUGUCUGCAUUGAGGAUGAUUUUGAUAAAAGGUUUCAGGAAGAUCUCAAUGAAGCUGUGCGCCAAAGCCUUGGUUAUGAUACUUGUCCUGCUGGUACAAUAAGUGCUUCAAAUGGGGCAGAAGUGUGUGGGGCUGGCCUUAAAAAUGCUGCUGGUGAAUACAAUUGUUUCUUGAAUGUGAUUAUUCAGUCAUUAUGGCAUAUAAGGCGUUUUCGGUACGAGUUCGUUAAAACAUCAUUACUGCACAAGCAUGUUGAAGAUCCUUGUGCUGUCUGUGCAUUAUAUGAUAUCUUCAGUGACUUGAGCAAAGCUUCCAAGGGUCAAGGAGAAGCAGUUGCGCCUACUUCAUUGAGGAUCGCUUUGAGUAAAUCCUACCCGAACAGCAAAUUCUUUCAGGAGGGGCAAAUGAACGAUGCAUCUGAGGUACUGGGGGUAAUCUUUGAGUGUUUGCAUAAGUCGUACACUUCUCGUACUGUCUCUCAUGGUAAAUCUCAUGAGAAGAAUUGUGUUGGAUCAUGGGAUUGUGCAAAUAUUUCUUGCAUAGCACAUAAUCUUUUUGGAAUGGACAUAUAUGAACGGAUGAACUGUCACAAUUGUAAAUUUGAGUCUAGGCGCCUCAAAUAUACCUCAUUUUUCCACAAUAUCAAUGCUAGUUCGCUCCGAACUGCAAAGAUGAUGUGUCCAGAUUAUUCAUUUGAUGAACUUUUGAAGAUUGUCGAAAUGAAUGACCAGCUAGCUUGUGAUCAAGAUGUUGGCGGCUGUGGAAAAUUGAAUCAUAAACACCAUAUUCUUUCUAGUCGCCCGCACGUUUUUACAGUUGUUUUGGGAUGGCAGAACAACAAAGAGAGUGUGGAUGACAUAUCUGCAACUUUGGCUGGUAUUUCAACUGAGAUAGACAUUAGCAUCUUCUUCCAUGGUAUAGAUCAAGGAAGCAAGCACACUCUGGUGUCAGUGGUUUGUUACUAUGGCCAGCAUUAUCAUUGUUUCGCUUUCAAGGAUGGAAGGUGGGUCAUGUAUGAUGACCAGACUGUUAAGGUUAUUGGUAGUUGGGGUGAUGUUCUUGUGAUGUGUGAAAAGGGUCAUUUGCAACCGCAAGUGCUUUUCUUUGAGGCUGCGAGUUAGUUAUGCUUCAGCUUCUGGGGAGCUGUGCAGUGGUUAACAUGCCCUCAGAUAUAUAGAUUUUUCCCAGUGGUCGUGAAGAUUAGAAAUAGAGUAGCAAAUUCGUUUUGAGCGGGGGGAUAGAGUAUUCAACAGUUGCAUUGAUCCGUAAGCUUUUGUCGAGCCCUUAAUGAGCAGUCAUCUGAGCAUACUUGGGCAGAAAGAGAGCUGAUUAUCCUUGUCUCUUAUUUUCCUUUAACCUUGGGUAUAGUUACUGAGCCUCUGACCCUUCCAUCUGCCAAUAAGAUUUCACUGCCGAUCAAGUGGGUGGGGGCAUUCGCACUGCCAUCGAACAAGUCUAGCUGAAUCUGUCUAAAGCUCUUCAUUAUGCACCAACCAUGUAUAGAAUUUUGUGCUUACAAUGUGGAGUCUGGUAUAGGAGCCUUUGUUUUGCUGUCGGAAGGUUUCUAAUGGGAGGAGAUGGAAUGAAGAUGUGGUGUGAGCUGUAUUCACUCGUUGAGAAAUGUUUGGAAUAGAAACACCAUUUGGAAUACGGUACUAACUCUGGGGCAGGUAUUGUGUUCCGAGAAAUCUGUAAAGCAUGAGUCAACAUAGUGACCCCAUGAGAUUGUGAUAUGGUUAUAGGCGAUGAAUAACAAAAUCCUCAUCAAAUACUGUUGCA